AUGGCUUCAAUGAAUCCCGAAUAUGACUAUUUAUUCAAACUUCUACUGAUUGGCGAUUCCGGCGUUGGAAAAUCAUGUUUGUUGCUCAGAUUUGCCGAUGAUACUUAUACCGAAUCGUACAUUUCAACUAUAGGAGUGGAUUUCUGGGAUACAGCUGGACAGGAACGAUUCCGUACAAUUACCUCCAGUUAUUAUAGAGGUGCCCACGGUAUCAUUGUUGUAUAUGACAUUACUGAUCAGGAGUCAUUCAACAAUGUUAAACAGUGGCUACAAGAAAUUGACCGGUAUGCAUGUGAGAAUGUCAAUAAAUUGCUUGUUGGAAAUAAAUGUGAUUUAACGACCAGAAGGGCAGUCGAACAAAGCGCUGCCAAGGAGUAUGCUGAUCAAUUGGGAAUUCCGUUUUUGGAAACGUCUGCGAAAUCAUCAACUAACGUCGAGCAAGCAUUUUUAACAAUGGCAUCUGAAAUAAAGAACCGAAUGGGCCCAAUUCAACAAGUUGGUACAGGGCCAUCAGUACGUAUCGGGGGAUCUCAGCCUGUGAAUGAAAAGAAGAAUGGUGGCUGCUGCUGA